GCUUGAGACGCGGGAUGCGGGCCCUGAUCCUGGUUGGCGGCUUCGGGACGCGGCUGCGGCCGCUGACCCUGAGCCGGCCGAAGCCGCUGGUGGAGUUCUGCAACAAGGCGGUGCUGCUCCACCAGCUGGAGGCUCUCCGGCAGGCGGGCGUCAGCCAUGUGGUGCUGGCGGUGAGCUACAUGUCGGACGCGCUGGAGGCCGCCAUGCGAGAGCAGGAACAACGGCUCGGCAUCCGUAUUUCCAUGUCCCACGAGAAGGAGCCGCUAGGCACAGCGGGGCCUCUGGCGCUGGCGCGGGAUCUGCUGGCCGAGGACGGGGAGCCCUUCUUUGUCCUCAACAGCGACGUGAUCUGCGAGUUCCCCUUCGCGGCGCUGGCCCGUUUCCACCGGCAGCACGGCGGCGAGGGCUCUCUGGUGGUGACCCGCGUGGAGGAGCCGGCCAAGUAUGGCGUGGUGGUGUGUGAGGCUGACACCGGCCGCAUCUGCCGCUUCGUGGAGAAGCCGCGCGUCUUUGUGUCCAACAAGAUAAACGCCGGGCUCUACAUAUUUAACCCUGGCAUCUUGCAACGCAUCCAGCUGCGCCCCACCUCCAUUGAGAAGGAGAUCUUCCCAGCCAUGGCACAGGAUGGGCAGCUCUACGCCAUGGAGCUACAGGGCUUCUGGAUGGACAUUGGGCAGCCAAAGGACUUCCUUACGGGCAUGUGCAUGUACCUGCAAGCACUGCGGGCUCAGCACCCUGAGAAGCUACACUCGGGGCCCGGUGUCGUAGGGAAUGUGCUGGUGGACCCCAGUGCCAAGAUUGGGGCAAACUGUGUCAUUGGCCCCAACGUGACAAUUGGGGCCGGUGUGGUGGUGGAGGAUGGGGUACGCAUCAAGCGCUGCACUGUGCUGGAAGGGGCCCGCAUCCGCUCUCAUUCCUGGCUGGAGUCCUGCAUCGUGGGCUGGAGUUGCUCUGUGGGGCAGUGGGUGAGGACAUGGCAGGAGCUGGGCACUGGGCCCCGAGCCCAGGGAUGUGACAGGGCCUCUCUGGGACAGGUGCGCAUGGAGAACGUGACUGUGCUGGGCGAGGACGUCAUCGUCAACGACGAGCUCUACCUCAACGGGGCCAAUGUGCUGCCACACAAAUCCAUCGCCGAGUCUGUGCCAGAGCCACGCAUCAUCAUGUAGCAGCCUCCAGCAUUCCCUGUGCUCCCAGCACUCCUUGGAUUAAAUAUUUAUAUUUCCA